UUUUGUUGAUCCUCUGGAUUAGUUAUCACGGACGAAAUGCCAUGAGUCUUUAGCUAUGUAUGUGGAGAAGACUCUCGUCCAUCUAAAACAGAACGACCUGGAAGAGAUAAAGACAGUGUAAGUAAGUGAGCCAAAUCGUCUGCAUACCAGCAAACAUUUCCUGAUUCACCAAACAAGGCGGUGAAACUAACGGAAUUCCGUGGAGUCUCGCAAUCACCGCUUUUAGACCGAUCUCAGACGACGUCUGGACCGAUCUCUGAGCUGAAGGUCUUAUUUGGAAAUCGAAUCGCAUUUGGGCAGCCAUGUUUCGAUUCCUGUUCAGUAAAAGAGGAAAAGGGAACAUCUCUCAACCAAUAGAAAUACAACGAACCACGGAAAACUUUGAUAUGCCAUCUACUAGAACGUUCAAGGUCUUACGACCUGUUUUUCUCGUGUCUGUCUUCACGGGGUACUCGCACAAAAAUUAUCGUGUUCAAGGAGUUCUUGGUGGCUUUCUGUGGCUCGCUAUGCUCCUUGCUCAUGCAACAUUGGACUUUCUUGCUGCCCGUCAAGUCUAUACGUACGGAUGGGCUUCGGUGUCUUUGAGUCUCUUUCUAGUGUGUUUUAUAUGCACAAUUUUUAACAACAAAAAAAUGUUACCUUGGCUUGAAAAGGGAUUGUCACUGCUAGAGGAAGAUAAGAGAUAUCCCAAAACAAUGGAAAAAUGCCAGAAAGUUUUUAAGUGGAUACCGCUAUUUACCCUGGCAUUUGGAUUGUUCUGUGGAGCUGGUAUCUUCGCCUGCCUUCAUUUUGACGAGACGUUAGACGUCAAAAUAAACCUCGACGGAACGAGAUCUGAGUUCCCGGACUACGCGCUCGUCACUCUGAAAGUGGUUCGAUUCUUGGCAGCUUGUUACGUCAUGUUUGCUUUAGCGCUGUUUUGGACCGUCACAGUAUGUGUCAUGCACAUAACUGGUUACUCUAUGACGGAGUUUCACGAGGAGAUAACCAAGCACCUGGUCGACAGGGACUCACCAAUCACGUUCAGACAAGGAGUAGUAUCGUUCUCAGAGAGGGGAAGAUUUGUGAGAAAAUCUGCGUCUGCGUGCAGGGUUACGCUGGCUGUUCUUUUGGUGUACAGCAUCGCAUCCCUUGCAGUGAAUGCAUUUCUGUUUUUGUACAAGCAGCGACACAUUGUGUUCGCUUUCUAUGCGUUGCUUCCCAGUGUCGUCGCUGUCUACCCUCUGUGCAUGGCUGCUUGGGUAACAAAACAAUACUCAUGGUAUCUUGCGGUGGUGGUGAAAGCCUGGGCCGAGAGACCCGAAAGCAGUUCCGAAGAGGAAGAAAAUGAGCGUGACGCUCCGAGACAAAAAGAAAAGCUGGGUCAAAAGCGAGGGCGAAGUCUGUGGAGAAGAGUACACAGCGCAAAGAAAAGCGCUCGCAAAGAGAACCUCCUCCCACUCAAGAAGGCGAAUUCUAACCCUCUGGCUAGUGAAGUCAAGUCUGGAGUGGAAGAGAUAUCAACUAAGCAGAGCUACGUCGGAGAAUCUCUCCUUCGUCCGCAGGUCACUGUAAGUGAUCCGGAACUCUCCGAGGACGAUCGGCUACAAAAUAACAGCCAUUCGGACGACGACCAGCUUAAACCGAAGGAACCCGACGGCAGUGAAACUCCGAAGAGAUCCCGACGCGAGGUUUUGGAUAUGGUUCUUCGAGGAGCCGCAAGAGCUGUCGGAAAACUUAAACACAACGCCAAGAAACCUAAGUUUAAUUUCGAGAAAUACAUCUCUUAUCUUCAGAACGUUCUACCCAAUAUUGGUUUUGACAUUAUGGGAAUCAUUGUCACCUGGAAUAUGGUGUCCGCCAUCAUAUUUCUCGAGGUGUCCGUUCUUGCGCUUUUUGUUCAAGAAUCGAUUUUCGGCAAUUCCAAAGCGACAGUUGCAUUGUAGAGAUAUUGAUGUGCUACUGAUACAAUAUAGGCCCUGUACGAUUUGAACUUUUAAAAGAUUUAUGUCCCAGCACGGUGUUUGUGCUUAAAUACUCGAGCAAAAGUAAAAGUUGGGAUUCAAUCGUUGGAUAUGAUAAAGUGCGUUUGAUGGCACACUGACUCGGGAUUGAAUCAGUACACCAACGUUACAUAUAAAUGUAUAAAUGAUGGUCAAUUGUUAUCUUGAUAAACACAAAUCAACCAGUUGAAGACGCCUCGGGCCGAGUCUUGGUAACGUUGUGAAUUUACUUUUGUUGCUAUCGUAGUCGAGCAGAUUUGAGCCGUCGAAUUCAUAUCAGUUUACCUGGCAUCGUUUUUGUAUCUACUUGCACAAGCCUUGUAAGAAUAAAGUUCAUACAACAACCAACAGCUUUCAGAUUUCAAUAUAAAUGCAUAGUUAGGAGAUACGCUAGUAUAUAAAUUGUUUAAGUCGAAUGUGAAGUGUAAUCAUGCGAGUGGAGGUAGUCACUCAUUUGUAACUGGUCAGAUACGAUUCUUCAGUCAAGCAAAGUCGUUUUGCGUAUUAAAUUAUUUAAGUCGUUGCUUUGGUUCUAGUAGAUAUGGGCAGAACAACAGUUUUUUGUGAUUUUAUAAAAUAGCUACAAUAAAUCUAUACUAAACUUAGGGAA